ACAACAGUGGCCUAUUUAGUUCAAUGUCGUACAAGCUGUUUUGUUUCAUAUCCGUGCCACACUCACAAAUUUUCCUCUCUCUCUAGUUCUCUCUUUCUCUCUCUAGAAUUCAUCUAACAUUGCAAUGGCUCCAAUGACUCUCCCACCUGGAUUCAGGUUCCACCCCACAGAUGAAGAGCUUGUUGCUUACUACUUAGAAAGAAAAAUAACAGGCCGCUCUAUAGAGCUUGACAUCAUAGCAGAAGUUGAUCUCUACAAAUGCGAACCUUGGGAUUUACCAGAUAAAUCCUUCCUUCCGAGCAAGGACUUGGAGUGGUAUUUCUACAGUCCAAGAGACAGGAAGUACCCGAACGGAUCAAGGACUAACAGGGCGACAAGAGCUGGUUAUUGGAAAGCUACUGGGAAAGAUAGGGCAGUGAACUCUCAAAAGAAACAAGUUGGAAUGAAGAAGACAUUGGUGUACUACAGAGGCAGAGCUCCACAUGGGAUUAGAACCAACUGGGUUAUGCAUGAAUAUCGCUUAAUGGAAUCAGUGCCUGGAGCUGCACUCUCAUCUUUGAAGGAUUCAUAUUCCUUAUGUCGCAUUUUCAAGAAGCCAAUUCAAGUUCAAGCCAAGCCAAAAGAAGAAGAUCAUGAACAAGCCGAGGAGGGUGCAAAGAAGGAAUGGUUCUCAGAGGAACAAGUAUUAAGGGAAGACUCAAGUACUGGCACUGAGAUUUCAAGAGAAAUCGAAACCAUGGAUGAGAAACUUCUUAAUCAUGCUUCUUCUUCUGAUGUCACACAAGGGACAUGUACCCCAACAGAUAGAAAUAAAACCUGCAUGGCAGAUGAUUUCCAAGCACAAUUUUCUUGUGAUGAAGCAAAUAGUGCAGCAAAUUCAUAUCCAAUGGGAAUAUUAGGCUACCCGUCAAAUCUAUUUCAGGAUAUAGAAAUACCAAUGUAUGGCAUGCAUUAUCAACUGCCACAGACACCUUUAGUGCUGGAAGAUUUCCCACAAAUGAAUUUAACAGAGUCAAUGAAGCCUGAAAUGACUGAAGAAUGCAUGGUAUAUGACAGAUACAGGGACUGCAUGAAUGGAACGUUGGAAGAGAUCAUAUCUUUGUGUUCCUCUCAAGACCAUUCUGUCGCUUUUCCCAUGCUACAAUGACUAUAUUAAGUACUAACCCAAAUGACUCAAACUAUAGCAUCACUUGUUUUUUCCAUUGAUACAGAGAAACACUUGUGUGGGCUAAAAUAACCACACAAACGGGGUUGUUUUUGUUUUUGUUUUUGUUUUCCAGUGACAAAGAUAAGGCUACAUAUAUAAUGUACUAAAUAUAUAGUAGAAUAUGCUUAGCUAAGAAGGCUGGCAUACAAUGGGGGUUUUCUUUUUCUUUUGUUUUCUUGUUUUUUAAUAUUUUUGUGUUCUUCCUCGUUGUUUAUGGGGGUUCAUUUUAAUUUAUUUUGUAAUCUUAUAUGAUGGUAUUCAAAUCUCUUGUCUACUUCGGAAAGCAAAUGGAUGAGAAAAAUUUACAAUUUUCAUGGUUUUUGUUGUGCUUAUGUAGACACUGUUGUAAUAAUUACUCAAGGAGUAAUAAUUACAUAGUGUUCCAAAAUGACAAAUGUG